GCUGAACGUUCUCCAACAAAGUUGAAGAGAUUGUGAUGGGCGGUGAAGACAGAAUCAGUGAGUUGUCGGACGAUCUACUCGUAGAGAUAUUAUUGUUUCUUCCGACAAAAGAAGCAGUGGCCACAACGUUUUUGUCAAAACGAUGGCGGUUUGUCUGGAGAAAGUUGCCUAGACUUGACUACAAAGAAACGGGAAACAGUAGUAGCAAGAGCGUCUGGUGGUUUCUUGACGAGUCAAUGGGAUUUCACAAUGCACCUUCAGUAGAAAAUUUGCGUAUUAAUCUCGGUGUACAAUGUCCCGUUGAUGCUGAUGUUGCAACGUGUGUUGCAAAAGCAGUUGAUCGCUGUUUGCGUAAGCUAUACUUCUACCUCGACUGGUUUAGCGAGCGGAUCACAAUGCCGAAGAGUCUUUACACGUGCAAAACGCUUACGGAAUUGAUCCUCAUGGGUAAGAUUCUUGUGGAUGUUCCUUGUGAGGCUGAUCUCCCAUCACUUUACAAGCUUGUUCUUAACAAUGUUGUAUUCAAAGACGAAGAUUCUCAUGUCAGGCUUUUAUCAAGUUGCCCCGUUCUCAAGGAUCUGGAUGUGACUCGACCUGAUAAUGUGGAUGAUAAUGUGAGAAAGUUCACUGUGAAAGUGCCUUCUCUACUGAGAUUAACUUAUAUGAGUUUGUUCUUUCAGGAAGACGAUGAUGAUGAUAGCGAUGUGUCAUUGGUUAUAGACACCCCAGAUUUAGUAUAUCUCGACAUUAUUGACGGAUUGGAAAACUCCUCUUGCUCGAUUAACCAUAUGCCUCGCCUUAUGAGAGCACUUAUUGAUGUUGAUUUUUACCCUGAUGACAAUUUUCUGACAUCUCUUUCAUCGAUCGAGUAUCUUGAGCUAUCUCCUGGUGAAGAUCAUACAAUCGUUCCAUGGUGCAACGCCGUUAUUUACACUCUACUUAAAGAGUGUAUCAUAAGUCGAUUUCACCCGGACUUGUGUGAAUCACUUGUGGUUUUGCUCUCUAAUUGUCCUAAACUAGAGGUUUUAAUGGUCGACUCCAAAUAUAAGUUUUUUCCUUCGUAUGCGUUCCAACCGGGUUCUGUUCCCAAAUGCUUGUCGUCUCAUCUCAUGAUCUUUAAAUGGAAAGCAUACGAAGGAACAGAAGUUGAAUAA